AUGGCGAUGGAAGAAGAGGUAACCUGAUUUUUUUGUUGCAAAAAGCCCGAAAUUGUAAAUUGCAAGAAAUUUUCAGCUCGAUUCGGAUCUCUAUGAUCGUGUGAGCUAUCUCAAUCUGAUGGACAAAAUCGACAAUCGCAAAAAAGGCAAAGCUGUUGGAAAAUUCCGAGAUGAGUAUGUUUCUUGACCUUUUUUCAAAUUUUACUCUCUUUUAUUAUAGUAUGUAUUGUGUAAAAUGUUUCCAUUUUUUUGAAAAAAAAGCAAAGAGAAAAAGAAAAAAAGACUAUAAGUGACUUCCGGAAGCCGUCCUUUUGUUUGGUUAAUAGCCAAAGAAUGUCUUGUCUUGUCUUGUCAUGUUUUCAUCUAAAUUGAGAAUGGAUUUUUGUAUUUUCUGCUUUUUAGGAUUUCUGGAUGCAUGUUUCUAGUGACCUUUUGUUUUAGUGACCGACCGGAAGGUCCAUUUUCAUUUUUUCUUGGAACAUUUUAUGUUGAUAAGUGCAUUGUGGUGGGUUUAGAUGUUUUGGUUCAGUGCACAUUGUAAAUGUUCUAAAAUAUUAAGUUUUCUUUUUCUAAAUGUAAGAAUUGAGGGGUGUUUGGGGAUUUUUGAAGGAUUUCGAUAAAUGUUACACAAUCAAAACCAAGUUCUGUUUCUGAAACUUUAGGCCUAAGCCAAGUGUGUUCUAGUUUAUCUCACACUUAUAUUUGAUUCAUACUCAUCAUAAAUGUAACAUUUUUGAUACCACAAUUGUUAUCCCGACAUUAUAAGUUUGAUCUUUUUUUCUACGGAAUUGGAAGGUUUUUUUGGAACUAGUUCAUAAUGUAAAUGAAUAACUGUUUACCGUUUUCACUAAUCUGAUAUUACCAAUCAAAUCUGAAUCAUAUUUUCGUUCAACAAAGUUAAAUGAUUUCGAAAUCAAAACUGCGGUAUCAUUUUUUAAAUAAUUCAUACAUUACUUAAAUUAAGCUUUUUAUCUGAAGAUUCACAUACACACACCAAGUUAACGAUUAUUUGAGAAUUUUAAUGCAAAAAAUAAGAGAAAGGGGAAAUAUUUUGUGUUGUUGAUUUGUUUCGUGUUGAUUCUGAAUUUCAGUCAUUUUUUUGAUGAAAUAUCAACUCUUUCACCCUUUAAUGUCAAAACUUGAAAAUUUUUGAAAAUUUUCAGAAGAAUCGUUUUUUAUUUGUUUUUCAAAUUCAAAAUUCCAUUGAGGUCAAAUAUGUAAUCUUAUAAGAAUCCUCAUUCUGAGUCGUCCUUAGCAAAAACCGUGUGUUCACAUUUAUUAAAAUAGAAUUUUGUCUGACAGCAUCGAUGACGUUUGUUGAAACAAUAGAACUUUUCUGACCAUAAAUGUUCAAAAAACGUCUUCAACCCCCAGAAAAUCCAAAUCGAAACAAUAGACAAACAAACUUCAGCCGUCUAAAAACGUUAUUUCCUCCUCCUCCUCCACCUCCAUUUUUUAUACCAGCCAACAAUAGACCUCCACUCCAAGAUAGCUUUCAUUUUUAUUGUAAUCUCCUAAAAAAAGUUUUCCCUUCUAUUUAAGAGCAUUUGUUGGCUCCACUCAACCAUAGGAUUAUUGCUCUGAAAAGUGAGGUGUACGCCUUUGUGCUCCGCCGUUUUUUAUUCGCGCACCGUUGCUCCAUUAUAAUUUGCUCUGGAAUAAGAAGACGAAAAAAAGGCUUGAGAAAAAGAAAGUUUGGAGCUCGAGUUGGAGGAGGAGAGCAAACGGGGGAGGUCAAUUUAUUCUCUGGAGCACACGCCUCUUUUGAAAUUCUCACUUUUUUCAUUGAAAUCUGACAUGCCACGUUCGAAAUCUAGAAUUAAUAAUAAAAAAUCGUGGCCUGUUUAUUCUAGCUCUGAUGAAGAACCUGUUUGCAAUAACUUUGGUAAGUUUUUUCAACAAAAAUUUCCCCCGACUUCCUUUUUCAUAGAAAUAUGACAUUUUUUGUGUAAAAUAGUAAUGUUGGGGCCGAGUAAAGGAAUUGCACAAAGAAUAAUUUUGGAACAAUUAUUUUUUGGUGAGUGUGUUUUCGAAAACACACAACACAAUACAAACUUCACCUUUGCCUUCUUGGUAAUUUUGUUUAUUUUCCCUACCAGUUUUUUUCUUACUAUUUUUUUUCUUAUUUUCAAACGAACGUUUCGAAUACGCUUGACUGGCUUUUUUCCAGAGAAUUUAUGAAAUUUUCAGUCUGGGUUUGAAAAUAAGAAUAAGGAAAAUAAGAACUGUGAUCUAUGCUAGUUAGGAGCUCUAACAAUUGUGAGUUAACGUUUUUGAAGGAAUUUUUAGGAGAUGUAGAUUACGACUGUCAUAAGUCAUUUGUUGUGAUAGAUAUUAAAAAAAAGAACUCACUGAAAUGUGGUUCAAUGAAUUAGCAUACAAGACAUUUUUUUCAGCGAAAUUUUUAAAGUUUGAAAACUAUUUUUAUUUGAACCUUUGUGAACUGUAAUAAUUCUAGCUCAAAAGUAAAAAUAGAAAUUUUUGUUUGACAAUGUCGAACCACGAGACAUUUUUUGAAACAUACAUAGAUUGUCUGAAUCAGUUUUCGGAAAUCCUGAACUUCUUAGAAUCACAUUAUCAUUAUACUAAAAUAAGUUUUACUAUUCUGUAUCCAUGUAUUUCUUAUCUAUUUUUGACUCUCUCCUAAUUUCUCACAGCUACCUCAUCUUCAAGUAGUGGAUUUUUGCCGCCAUUAAAUUCGAAAGCCGUAUCAUGGAUUGAUAUGGAUGACUAUACAAUUCUACCAAGUCCCGACGAAGCGCCAUUCGAUUAUUCUGACGACGAAUUAUUCACACAUCGCCGACGAAGAAAUCGAAAAAUUCAGGCGCCUCGUACAAGCCGCGGAGUUUCAGCAUCGGAAUCAAUGAAUCAGAUUGGAGAUUUUGAUAUCAGGUUUUUAUAUUGUAAUUUGUUGUGUAGAAAGUAUUGAGUUUUUGUUUAUGUGUUUCCAAAUAAUUGAUGUCCAAAGAGAUUUCUGAUUUUCAAAGUUUCAAUGAAAACAAAUUGAAAUUUCUGUUUUUUUUUCUAGUUCUGACGCACCAUCACCACGUUUGGACUCAUCUGAAGUUAUGACAGCUCCGCCAGAUCCAGACAUCAAGGUUAGUUUAGCUAACUCAUUUUGAAACCGGAAGGAAAAAAUUAAUUGAAAUUUAAAAAAAAUUGAGCAUGUUAACAUUAAACCAUUUUUUCAGCGUUACUGGGAUAAUAGUUUGGACAUCACUGAUUUGUCCGGCCACGAUUUCACAAUUUUCAAACAACUUCAAGGAAUGUUGGGAAUUGAGAAUAUCUCAUUUGAAACUCUUUCAAGAUUCAAUGUUCGAGUUCAUACUGAUACUUAUGGUCAACCAGCUAUUUUAUUCCCAAGAUAUCGUGGAAUGACGUCACGACUUCGAAUUCCAAUGGGUUUGAAGUUGAUAAGAAAAGUUGGGGAGAGAAUGGAAAAAGAGAAUUAUCCAUUGCCGGAUGAAACAUCGUAAGUAACAAUUACCUAUGAAAAAAACAUUCCUCAUACUUCCAUUUUUCAGAGUCCGUCAAAAAUUCAGUGGAAUCUUUGGACUUCAUAUGGCAACACUUUCGGAUCGUAGUGUUGUAAUUACCACUAAUGAACGUGAUGCUCUUGCAAUCUAUGAGGCAACUAAAGCAUUGGUGUUUGCUUUGCCGCAUGGUGAAAUGUUGGAUCCACUUGUGAUUCCUUAUUUGGAGGAGUUUGACAAGAUUUAUAUUUGGUUCCCAGUUCAACAUGUUAGCUAUGCUAAAGAUUGGGGAAGUGCAUUGAAUACUUUGAAGUGUUUGUUGGUGAAGUGAGUUAGGGGAAUUUUGCAAAAAAAAAUUUUCAAAAAAAAAAUAAAUACUCCUUCAAGUCUCCACAAAGUUCACAAAUGUUUGAAACUCUAAAGUAAUGUUCAAUAAACACAAAAAACCUCAAUCACCAAACUUUCAAAAUUCAGAAACGAAGAACGUCCAAUUGAAUUGGUCAGAAAUGGCGAACACAGAUUAAUUCGCAACUCAUUGUCAAAUUCUGUAGUCCGAAUGAGAGAACGUGGAUUCCGCUCAAUGACUGAUCUUGAUAUGCGUGAAGGAAUUCGAUCGGAUUUGUUGAACACAACAAAUCGAAUUGUUGGAUUUGGACAAUGGAAACGCUACGCAGUUUUGAAUAAAUACUUGGGUGGUCUUCGACCUGGAGAGAUGACUGUGCUUACUGGAGGAACUGGAAACGGAAAAACCACUUUCCUUUGUGAAUAUUCACUUGAUUUAUUCACCCAAGGAGUAAGCUUCUGAAUCAGGAUAACAUCAGAAAACAAUCAAUACUUUUCAGAUUCGCACAUUGUUUUGCAGUUUUGAAAUGCCAGAGAAAAAGAUUUUGCACUGGAUGCUGGUACAAUUCGCUGGGUAAGCAAAUUGUGUUUAUUUUUCAAUUUUGAUGUUAAUUUUUUGCUGUUUCAUAGUUAACUAACUUUUUUUGAUUUUUUGUCUGCAGUCCUUCGCAUCUUCGAAGCCUCGCGCGCACAAAUUCCUAUAAAAAUGGCAUCAAGUAAGAGCCAGUAGUAGAUCAAAUGUGAAUCGCUUGUGUUUUUUUGAUUUUCCCCAUGCUUUUUUUGUUGUGCGCGAGGAGGCUGUUUCUGUUUUUGUGUGCUUUGCAUGGUUUUUUUACCGAUAAGGUAAAUUGAGCUGAACGGAAAAAAAUGGCUGCAAAAAAGGUUUUCACAAUCAGAUUUUGUGAAGUUGCAGCACUAAUUUUUGAAAAGGAAAAUUCACAGACACUAUUUUCGUAUAGAGCUCAAUGUUUUGAGUUUAUGUAUCUAGAUUUGUCCACAAACCCUCUUUAACAAUUUUCUAACGUGGUCCAGGGAUUUUAGGCUUCCCCUUCAUCGUGUUGAAUACAGCAAUUCUAUCAAUUCAUGGCUGGAUAGAUUCGAAAGAUCAAGCACUUCAUUGACAAUGCUUGAUUCGGAAGAAUUUAUGGAAAAAUCGAUAAAUGAUAUUGCACGAGCUAUUCGUAUUCAUGUGGAAAAUAGUGGAAUUCAACACGUUGUCAUUGAUAAUUUGCAGUUUUUGAUUAACCAAGGAAUGAUGGCUGAUGAGAAAUCCAGUGGACUUGAUAGAUUCCACCUUCAAGUUAGUCAAACUUGAGAAACAGCUAAAACAAAACUUAGAUAACUUUCUAGGACCGCUUUGUUGGAUUUAUGCGACAAUUGGCAACCCAACUUCAAAUUCACAUUACUAUGGUUGUUCAUCCACGCAAAACUGACGGUGAUACUGAAAUCGAUGUUCAACAUUUUGGUGGAUCUGCUCGAGUCACCCAAGAAGCAGAUAAUGUUAUGGCGAUUCAGCGUAAACGAGAUGAACGUGAUCGUUCGAAAUUCAGAAAGUUUUUAUAUGUGAGUUAAGAACAGAGUUGGAUUUUUGAUCAGUUCAAAAAAGUUAUGAUGAUUUUAAAGUAACAUAACACAAAAAUCAUAUUUCAGGACUUAUAUACAAUUUUCAAAAAUCUGAAAAUUAAUUUUUGAGAUCUCUUUAUAGUUUUAAUUUCAAUUUUGACAAUUUCAGUGUUCAAUUCUUUUGCAAAAAGUAUUCGUAAGAUCAGAUUAAAAAUCUGUGAUCUGACAAUGAAACUUUUAAUAUAACUCAAACCUAUCCGUUUUUUCAGAUUCUCAAAAAUCGCUACUAUGGUCGCCGCGUCGAAAGCGAUCAACUCGAAAUGGUCUUCAAUCCAUCCACAUACUCCCAUACAAUUGUAGAAUUCCCUAAAUAA